AGAAAAUAUCAAACUUAACAAAGACCAUCCUAUGUUUAAUAAGACAUUUAUCUGUUACUCAUUUCCUAUUCUCUUCGCGCUUCAUUCUCAAUUUCAAUCAUUUUCUACUUUCUCUUUCUCCAUUCAUUUUCAACUUCACCCUUUUCUCCACCACACUCUCCAUUCUAUCAUUUUCAACACACCAAUUCUCUCAGCUCUUAUAAACCCUAACAUUGAUGGAGUUAGAAGUAAACUCUGAUAACGAUGUUGCCCGCAUCAACUUCUCAAAUCUUGAACCGGUGGCACCGGAUCAAUCCGGCGAAGGUUUACCUUAUGCACCGGAAAACUUCCCCAAUCCCGGCGACAUUUGGCGGUGGAAAGCUGGCAAGCGGAUUUCAUCUAACGGUAACUAUCGCGACCGGUCUCUUUAUCUUCCUCGUCGUCUCGCUGCCUCUUACCGCGGCGGUGGAUUUGCAAGCAAGCUUGCGGCUGAACGCUACGUCAAAGAAUCGUUCCCUCAUAUUAAUAUUGUUGAUUUCUUCGCCUCCUUCAGUUGGACGAUUCCUUCUGGUCUUCCUGGCAAUAUGAAUCCUGUAGCUGAUGGGCGUAUUCGUGAGUUAGAAUUAAGAGAGCAGCCAGAAUCUGAAAUCGACAUUGGUGGAUGCAAAGCUGGGAAUAAGAUGUGCAGCAGUUUGAUUUUGGAAGAAGAAAAAGAAAAUUCACCAGUCGUGCCGUGUGAUAUCUGUUGCGUUGAACCUAAAUUUUGCCGUGAAUGUUGCUGCAUUCUUUGUUACAAAACAGUUGAUUCAGCUUAUGGUGGCUAUAGUUACAUCAUGUGCAAAGUAAAACUAGGCGAUGAUAUUUGCGGCCAUGUGUGUCAUUUGGAAUGCGCUCUUCGAUCUUAUUCGGCUGGCACUGUUGGAGGAACGAUUGGAUUGGAUGCUGAGUAUUUUUGUUGGCGCUGUGAUGGGAGGACUGAACUGAUUUCUCAUGCAGAUAAGCUUCUACAGACAUGUGAAGCUAUUGAUACAAAUGAUGAUGAUAUUAAGGAAAAAAUUCUAAAGCUUGGUAUUUGCCUCUUGCGUGGUUCCGAGAAAGUCGCUGCAAAGGAGCUUCUGAGCCGUAUUACAUCGGCCGUGUCAAAGCUUAAACAUGGGACUAAUGUUGAAGAUAUCCUGAACGUUGAUGACAGUCUUACUGCUAAUUCUUUGGGUUCUUCUGGUAACGGCAAUGCUGCGAGGGAUACUACAGAUGAUGAAGGUCCUUUAAAGCAUUUAAAUGUUCAAGAAGGAACAGAAUCUUUUCGUUAUCAAUCCGAGUUAUUAAAACUUGAUGCUGAGUUUGAUAAGGCUAUGGAGGAUCUUGAAAAAUCACAGAAGUUUGAAUAUAAGCGGGCAGAAGAAAGCCUUCAUACACAUAAGAAAUAUUUACUAAAUAUUUCUCAGCAACUGGAUCAAGAGAAGUCUGAGUUGGCAAGCGAAUCCAACACAUCUCGUUCAAGUGUCUUGCUUCAAACUGUCGAGAAAAGAAAUGAACAGCUAAGGCAGGAACUGAAGAAAUUUGAAGAAAUGAAGAAGGUAGCUAAUGGUUUUGGCAGCACAUCCAAAGAAAUUUUAGAAAAGCACUUUGGCUUGUAAAUUGCAUUCUAAAAUGAAAGAUUAUAGAGAUUACAGACAAGGGUUGAAUAAAUUGGCUAUGGCCUAUGGCAAUGGUUUUACUGCCAAACUUUAAGUAGGAACUAAUUCCUGCAAAAACAGCCUGAAUUUAUUUAUUUUAAUUGCAAUAAAAUAUGUAUUGAGACCAA